AUGCACUGGGUGUCAAACGUAGCCAUUCUAUGGCUGCUUUUUGCUGUUCUUGUUAGCGCAGCCGAUCUCUACAAAGUUCUUGAGCUGUCCAAACAUGCAUCGGAGCAGGAUAUCCGCAAAGCGUACAAGCGCCUGAGCAGGAAGUAUCACCCUGACAAAAAUACAGAUCCAGGGGCGGAGGACAAGUUCGUUGACAUUGCUCAUGCAUAUGAAGUCCUUUCAGACUCCACGAAACGCCAAAUUUAUGACAGGCAUGGUGAAGAAGGAUUGAGGGCGCACGAAGGUGGACAACAGCAUCAUGCCAAUCCUUUCGACAUAUUUUCCAACGUCUUCGGUGGUGCCUUCAAUACACAGCAACAAGUGCGCCGUGGACAGACUGCUCUCAUUGAAUUCGAGGUUUCACUCGCAGAUAUGUAUAUGGGUGCCAAUAUUGACUUUACGAUGAGGAAAAAGAUACUUUGUGAUCACUGUCGCGGCUCAGGCGCUGCUUCAGACGGCGACAUCCAUACUUGUUCAGGAUGUGGUGGACACGGCGUGAAAACCUUCAAACAGCAAAUAUUUCCCGGCAUGUUUGCACAGUCGCAGUCGACAUGUAACGAUUGCGGUGGCCGGGGAAGAGUCAUCAAGAAACUAUGUCCACACUGUAAAGGAGAGAAGGUGGUCGAGCAUACACAACACUAUACUCUGGAGUUGCAACCAGGUACACCAGAAGGGUUUGAUGUCGUGUUUGAGGGAGAGGGAGAUGAGAACCCAGACUGGGAGGCUGGCGACGUUGUUUUGAGAGUGCGAAGUAGGAAGGACAAAGGUGCCUGGUCGCGGAAGGAGAGCAGCCUGUACUGGCGGGAGACCAUUGGCGUUGACGAGGCACUCCUCGGAUUCCAACGUAAUAUCACGCAUCUCGACGGUCACGUCGUCGAGAUAAAUCGCCAGGGAGUGACCCAACCUAGUUAUGUUCAAACUAUAGAAGGCGAGGGGAUGCCCCUGCAUCAGACAGACAAUUUCGGCGACCUUUUUAUAGAGUACAAUGUUGUGUUACCUGUUGAGCUCAGCUCAGAUAUUCGGCAAAAACUCGCCGAGGCAUUUUAUGGAUCAAGUCACCGCGAUAGAGAUGAGCUAUAG